AUGGCGCUGCGCAAGGCGUCCACACGAGGCUCCGAGGCCGCGCGCUGGCAGCUGCUGCGCUCGUACACGGCGCUGUCCCGCGCGCAGUUCCGGCAGGCGCCGGCGCCCGCCGCCUUCGCGCGCUCCGAGCCGCUGUCGCUCGCGAAUUCCGGUGUGUUGACAGCGCCCGCGGGCGCCAACUCGCUGCUGCUGGACAGCGCGCGCUUCAUGUCCCAGCGACCGGCACGCCGCCGCAGCAGCAGCGGAGGCGACGUCAAGACGGAGAGCGCCGAGAAGCAGGCCGCCGCCACCUCCGCCACCUACGAGAUGCUGCUGCAGCGACUGUACCAGGUGAACCGCUUCUCGGCCGUGAAGCUCGGGCUCGAGAACAUGCAGAAGCUCAACGCCGCGUUCGGAGACCCGGCCUCGCAGUUCGAGAUCGUGCACGUGGCCGGCACCAAUGGCAAGGGCUCGGUGGCCUUCAAGGUGGCCAAGGCGCUCGAGCGCUCCGGGUACAAGACGGGAUUGUUCGUAUCUCCACAUGUCGCGUGCUUCCGCGAGCGUGUGCAGGUCAACAGCACGCUCAUCUCGGAGAGCGAGGUGUGCGAGGCGCUGUCCGAGAUCUUCAACAUCAGCGCGCAACUGCGGAUCCCCGCCACGUUCUUCGAGAUCACGACCAUGCUGGCCUUCCUGCACUUCGCCAAGCAGGGCGUGGACUGCGUGGUGCUGGAAACAGGGCUCGGCGGCCGACUGGACUCGACCAACAUUGUGAAUCCAGCGUUGUCGGUGAUCACCUCCAUUGGCCUGGACCACACGCGCAUCCUUGGCAACACCCGCGAGGCCAUCGCUCGCGAGAAGGCAGGCAUCAUCAAACCGAACGUGCCUGUGGUGGUGGGACCCAACGCGCCUGUGAACGUGAUGAUGGAAUUUGCAGCGCGGAAUAACGCUCCGCUGGUUCGAGUGCCGCUGCAGGCGGAAUUCGACGAAGACUACAACGCCGAGAACACGGCCAUUGCCCGUGAAGCCUGUGUGCAGCUCAACGAUCUGCACGCCUUGCAGACUGGUGGCCCCCGUAACUCCAAGGAUCUAUGCGUCGACUUGACAAACAAGAGUGUGAACGCGGCACUGGAGUCACGGCCACCGUGCCGCUUCCAAGUGCUGCACGUGAUGCGCCCCAAUUCCAAGGAGCGCAAGGUAACCGUGGUGUUGGACGUGGCGCACAACCCGCAGGCCAUCGACCGGAUGGUGGGGCUGCUGCACAAGCGGUUCCCCGACAAGAAGUUCCGCUUCGUGUGUGGCUUCUCGGCAGACAAGGCCAUUAACAAAGUGCUGGACAAGAUCGCCGACGUUGUCCGCGAGACCCACCCAGACGAAAGCGACGAGGAGCUGCACGAGCGCAUCCACCUGGUGAAGGCCGACCACCCUCGCGGCGCCUCGCUGCAGGAGAUCAACUUGGCAAUUGCGAACAGCUGCAUCGAUGGCGAGCAGAAGCGCGGAUACAACAGCAUCUCGAGCAUCAAGGAGGGCGUAGACUCCGCGCUGGCCGCUUCGCGCGCGUCGUCCGACGACGAGGUGGUCGUGGUGUGCGGCAGCGUGUUCCUCAUGGCGGAGGCGCGCCAGGCGCUCGGCCUCAAGGAGCCCAUCGACAGCGCCGCGCUGAACGCCGUGGCCGGGUCGCACCUCUCGACCCCCGAAAGCCGCCUCGCCGCAGCAGCCGAGGAGGCCGUGGCCGCAGCCACCUAA